UAGGGGGCAGCACGCACAUAUUGAGUAGUAAAAGCAGUAGGGAAGUAACUAGAACAUGGAUUGUUGAUAAGGUUCGGCCUGUUGGAAGAAACAACAAACCUGAUAUAAUAACGUCGAAUCGUUCUUAAUUAAACAGUCAAUACGAUGAUUUUAACCGUAAAACCACUUCAAGGAAAGGAGUGCAACGUACAGGUCACAGAAGAUGAAAAAGUAUCCACUGUGAAAGAACUGGUGUCUGAACGUCUGAAUAUACCUGCAAAUCAGCAGCGAUUGCUUUACAAAGGGAAAGCCCUUGCAGAUGAACACCGAUUGAGUGAUUAUUCCAUUGGGCCAGAGGCCAAGUUAAAUUUGGUGGUUCGUCCUGCGGGGGAGAGGAGUGGUGUGGCUGGGAUGGCUAGCAGUAGCAGUGCUGUUGGUGGGGUGUGGCAGACUCUGUCCACUGUCCUGGCGAAGCAUUUCAGCCCUGCAGAUGCAGCUAAAGUGCAAGAACAACUUGUCAAGGAUUAUGAACGUUCACUUAGGCAACUCAGCAUGGAUGACAUUGAACGCCUGGCUGGGCGACUGCUUCACCCAGACAGUGAGGGUAUGGACACAUCGUACAUGGAUUGAAGGCCUACCUAUCUGACAUGACAGUAUUCUGGCGAUUCCCAGAGGAGCGCUGUAGCCAUCACUGGAGGAGGCUGGUGUGUCAUCCCUCUGUCUGAUCUGGGAAAUCAUAAGUCUCUACUUCUGAUUCCUAGAAAUGGAAUGAAAAAAAGAUUUGAAUGCAUGUUUGUAUCUGUAUCAAUCAAUUGUUCGAGUGUGAAAGUUGUCAUUAGUUUAACAUCUAAAUUCAAUCAGCAUAUUUAGGCAAAUAGUCUGGAAGGCUUGAUCAACAUUGGCCUCCUUCGGACUUGUCUCGAAGGAGGUGUACUGAUCUUACUUGUACACCAUGCCUGGGCUUGAUUGGUUAUCACCUGGUCAAUAAUAUAAUAUUUACAAAUUACAUUUCACACAGCAAACCAAAAACUGAGGUAACUAUGCAACAUGGCACAACUUCACAUAAUUCAUACAUCUGGGCAAAUGCACAGACUUGGCUGUUCUCCCAAGUCAAUUUUGUUGCCGAGCAGAACAAAAGGGAGGUUCUCUGGGUCACGAGGGCAGACUUGAAUCAGGAACUCAUCUUGCCAGCUUUCAAGAGUUUGAAGGUGUUGGGAGCGGUAAUAUCAUACACAAGGACACAACAGUUUGCACCUUGAUAGAAAGCAACUCCCAACGACUGGAAUUUCUCCUGCUGUGUGGUGUCCCAGAUCUAGUAAAAAAAAAAAGGGUGAAAUUCGCAACAACUGUAAACUCACCACUACAUGCACCUCGAGACAACCAACGGGACCAUGUAACAUAAUAUAGAAAGGAAUGCCUUAUUGCUGUUUACACAAACAGCCCAAUUUGAACCUUUUGCCCAAUUAUUGUUCUUUGGACUUUUGGCAAUAAUUGGGCAAAUGGAACAGAAUUGGGCUGCCUGUGUAAGCACAGUCUAAAAGGUUUAGUUGUAGGGUUGUUCCAUUUGAUUUCAAUCCCUUUUUAACCGCACCCCUUUGAUUUGAAUGACACUUUCCAUACAUGGUAGAAGUGGUCAGAAUGUAACUUUUUGGACCUGAAUGCCAAAACAUUUAGGGGAGAGAGGUGCUCAAAGUUGACCCGUUUUAGAUACCCCACCAAUUAGACAUAUAUUCCUUCAUCACUGGAAAAUAUACACUGUUGAGUUUGAUUUAAAAUAACAAUUUAAAAGCUUGCAAUCAGGGUUGUCAAACUAUUCUAUAAUUUCCCAGAAAUGUGUUUAAAAACCACAAACUAAUUUCUGCAUAUAUUUUAGGUUAAACCCUAUUUUACAUCAUCUGAGGUGUUUGUGUUGUGUCUGCCAUUGGUUUACACACAGCAUGUGGGUGUCAUGUUUUGGCUGAUAAAUGUACUGAAAUGGGAAUAAAAUUGAAAAGGUAGCGCAAACAUGUUUGGAGGUCCACACAUCAGAACAUUUAGACUUGAAUGGGAAUAUUAGUAGUUUGAAAUUAUACUGUCAAUCUUACAAAGAAAACCUUUUGAAAUAAUACAUCAAAUAUACAUUCACAUUUGUGGGUUGACCAACAGCCAUCGUUAUGGUAGUAAUUGGAAGUGAAAAUGUAAAUUAUGUACCAGCUAAAUUGCAAUGGUCUGAAGGGAUAUGUACAGUCUGAUUGAAAUGAGACCCACACUGUAUUCAAGAGUAUGCCGUCUCUCAACCGAUGGCGGGCACAACACAAAUACCCCAGGUUAUGUCAAAUAGGGUCUAAGCUACAACAUACGCGAAAGCGUUUAUGUUUUUAGACAUUAAAGGUAAAAUAAUGUAAACAAUUUCUUUUAAUGUUUCAUUCAAGAUAUGUUUUAAUAGUUUGACAACCCUAUUUGUUAAUUUUAUCAAACUCAACCAUUUAUCUUUUCCAGUGAUGAAGACAUGGAUGUCUCAUGGUAGGGUAGGGUAUGCAAAACAGGUCAAAUUUGAGCAAAAAUUACUUGAGUUAAUACAGCAGAAUACAAACUUGGUUUCUUUGAGUGCAUCCAUGUUGCUUGACAUAGACGUUUGAAAGAGCUGUCAGUCAACUCAUUAAUAUAAGCUUCCGGGCCACUCAGCCUGUCUUUUCAAACUUCCUGAUAGUUAGCCAUGAGAGAAAAAGUAUUUUUCAGAAUGGCUGUUCAGGGCCUUUAAACUGGGAUUACUGGGGAAAAUUGUGGCUCAGCUAGACACUGCGUAUAGACAAGCCCCGACCUUCACAACCAAUAAACAAAGGAGAAUAGGUACGUGCUUGCCAAAAUGAUAGCACACAUUAAAUUGAGUGGCAAUUGUGAGACAGCACUGCAGGGCUGUGUCACAAGUUUGUCUACAAGGUGGACCACCAUGCCAUCUUCCUGUACAAGUGAGCACAGGACAACAACAGUGAGUCCAAAAAUAUUUAUUGUAUGCUGCUGCAUAAGUGAUGUAAUAUGCCAGGGAGAUAUGUAUACUCUAGCUAAGAAAGUAGUACUAAGUGUAUGUUGUGUAGUAAGCUGUUAGUAGCCUAUGUGUCUCACCCUAAGAAUUUUGUCCAUCUCAAUAUAUGGGUGGUCCCGGGAAUCGAUCCCACUACCCUGCCAUUACUAGUGCCAUACUCUACCAAUUGAGCUACAAAUCCUCUCCCCCUCAGAACUUAGCCUAGUGUUCUGACUUGGUGUUGCACAUGUAGCCUAUAGCUGUUAGAGAAAUGUAAUUAUCGAAUAUAGUAAGAGCUUUCAUUGUCUGCUUAUGUGCCCCCGUUAUUUAUCCUGCGGUUCUGACUUGGUGCACUGAGAGAAUACUGUAAAAACGGCCCAUGUUCUGAAUUAUGUCGCUGUCCAUUUGAAAAGUGCCCAACGAAUAAAUAGGCAUAUACAUUAGGCUCGUCCACCUCAGCUUGCUGAUGUCUUAAUCGAUACAGCUUGCCUCUCAACAGCUCAUCGUUCCCUUAUGCCAUUGUUUGUACACCUCCAUUGUUAUAUUGCUUAUAUAGGUCCAGCUCAUUCAUCAUUUUAUGCGAUGUUAGAAUGGUGCAUUUCAUUGUUUUGCUUACUAUUUGUAUUAUAAUUAGCGUGUGCUUUUUUCACGGGGAGGGGGUACUCUAUAGUGUUGUUGUGUCUGUAACCAUGUUUGACAGUCUCUUCCCAUUCAAAUAUUGUUUUUCAACAAAAGGUUCAGUAAUAGACCCCUGUAAUUCCAGUUGAUAUGGCGAGGGUUGUUUUGUUUGCGCAAUGCAUUGUCUGUGCGUCGGUAUAUUGUCUAUAAAAGUGGAUUUUCCUUUCUUUUUAGACCACAUAAUAAAAACUGUCAAAUGGUAGGCUAA